AUGGAUACUUUCGACUUUGAAGAGCUAAGAACCCGACGCGAAAAGAGUCAAAUUACCAAUAUGUACUUCGAAAUACUGGCUUGCAAGAAUCAACAAUUGCAGAGGCAUUACACUGGAGCAGAGCUCUCUUUGAACUUAGCAGAGCGACAAAAGCAUGCUUUCAACAUGGUCCAAAUCCAUUACCUCACCGAGGUUACAGUGCCCUCGGCCAGGAAAAGAGUGGUGGAAAGCUACGAUAUCGGGCCAAAUAAUGAUGACCUUUAUCCCAAUAUUUGGCCUCCCGAGAAUACCCUCCCAGGAUUCCAGGCUUUCAUGGAAAACUUCUUUGAUAUCAUGAAUAUAUUUAAAGACGCUCUACUAGGUCUCUUAGAAGAUCACUAUGAGGUUAGCAAGGGUAGAUUCUCUGCUCUGCACAACAUGGCUCAAAAUGAACUGCGUCUAUUACACUACCCUGAUAUUAAAACAGAGCUCCUCAAAGACACCAAGAAAGCAGUACGCUUUGGACAACACACCGACUUUGGAACAAUUACUAUACUCUUUCAAGCUCCCGCGGGUGGUCUUUAUUUCCGUUCAAUGAAUGGUAACUGGAACGAGAUCCUCUCCUCCAAGACCGAUGCCAUUAUAACAUUUGGCGAUACGUUUGAGAGAUGGACUAAUGGCCGAGUUCAUGCCGGUGUUCACUGUGUGCAGGCUCCUUCACAGGCUCAGGACCAGACUGGGGAGCGUUAUGCUAUUGCGUACUUUGGCAAAGCUAAUCGGAACCAGUCUGUAGGAGUGUUGCCAGAAUUCGCGAACAAACUUGAGAGUCCAAAGUAUGAGGAUAUGACCGCAGAGGAGUAUAAUCAGUAUCGAAUGUUAAGUCUUUACUAG